UGAAACUCUCAUGUUGUCGCAAACAGCCAUUCAUCGCGGAACGGGAUGCACCAAUCCACCAAACACCCACCCUCCUUUCCACCACACAACACAAAACAGCGCGGCUUCUUGGUACUUCUCCCAUUCCUUUCACAUACAGACACGCACGCACACGCACGCACGCGCACACGUACACACGCUCCCUCCUUUUCUUCGCGACUGCCCAGCGUGAUGGCGCUGUAUCCAACACGGCUGGGGCAGCUGUCGCUGGCGGAUUGGAUCAAGCUCUCGUUUGCGCUGGUCAUCGUUGUGGUUGAGGCCGUGACGCGGUUGCUGCUGUUUGUGUUGCCGGCGCCGUUGAUUGCGUUUAUUGAUUCGAACAUUGUCAGCUUUGUGAAGCGCGUCUCCGUCUUCUCGGAGGCCCACGUGUUCCAGGGCGAUACCAUCCCACCAAGCGAGGACACGCACAACUUAUCCGCCGUCCAGCUGGCACAGCACUUUGGCUUCUUUUUGGAACAGCAUGUCGUGCUAACAAAGGACGGCUUCCAGCUUGCGCUGCACCGCCUUCGCCAGCCUGAGAUGCAACCGAGGAAGGGCGUCGUCUUCCUCCAACACGGGCUGAUGCAGUGCAGCGAAGCAUGGCUUUGUACCCGAGACAGCUUUGCAUAUCUGCUCUUCGAGGAAGGGUAUGACGUGUGGAUGGGCAACUCACGUGGAAACAAGUACAGCUGCAAGCACAUGACCUUCAAGCCGCACGAUCCGGCCUUUUGGGACUUUUCCAUCGACGAAAUGGCGGCAAACGACCUGCCAGCCUCCAUCGACCACGUGCUUGCAAGCACGGGUGCGUCAUCUCUUUCAUACGUUGGGUUCUCCCAGGGCACGGCCCUUGGGUUUGCAGCAUUCAGCCUGAACCAGCAACUCGCACACAAGAUUGAUGUGUUUGUGGCGCUGGCACCUGCAGCCAAGGCGCUUGGUCUUCGCCAGGGAUUCCUGCAGACGCUCGUGCACCUUGCACCCCAGUCCAUCUUCCUCGUCUUUGGGACGCGAUCCUUGAUGCCGUGGGUCAUGUUCUGGCGCAGCGUCCUCACCCGCCGCGUUUACGCACGUCUCAUCGAGAGCGGCUGUCAAAUGCUGUUUGACUGGCGGAUGGACCAGCUCGGCGACCAGCGGCGCCGCCUCAUGCUCUACUCCCACCUCUUCUCCCUCACAAGCGUCAAAACCAUCGUGCACUGGUUCCAGAUUGUGGCGAGCGACACAUUCCAGCAGUACGACGACAACCGCGAAUUCCGCAGUGGGUACCGCCUCAUCGAGCAGCAGCAAUAUCCACUGAACCAGAUGCCGUGCCCCGUGGUGAUGAUGUAUGGCGGCGCUGAUCGCCUCACAGACAUCCUCUGGAUGAAGCGAAAUCUCCCAGAGCACUCCGCAGCAGGGCACAUUCGCAUACCAAACUAUGAACAUCUUGACCUGAUGUGGGCAGCUGACGCAGAAGAGAAGGUGCUGCCGCACGUGAUUGCCGCCAUUGAGCGGUUCCGCAGGCGCCAGACAGCGCUGGACGCGUUUGGCGAGAGCGGAAAUGAGGCAACCGCUACACACCCGCAACACCCGCAACAUCAGGGCCAUGUGGAGGGUGAGGAGGAUGCGGUGCCCUUGGAGAACGACACUGCCAGCCGCGUGCUGAAGCGAGCUGUUCCCGCAGCCACCAUCCCACCAACCGCAUCGCUCUCGGGCUGACCCUGUUUCGGUGUUGGUCGUUGCUAUUGGUGUUGGUGUUGGUGUUACACUGUUGCUGUUGGUGUCCCGUCAACAUGGGUGUUGGUGUUGAGGUUACUGCUGGUGCUGACGUUGUUGGCGUGAGCACGCGCAACUGCGAGUCCAAUCCCGUGUUGCAUCGCUGUCUUUGCACUCGACAACUCGCACGCUCGUGGGUGUGGAUGUGAUUCAUUUCGUUACCCUGCGUUGGCCUUGUGUGCUGUUGGUGGCAGUGGUGGCGGCGGCGAUGGUGGCUGCUGUUGUUCGUGGUGGUGUUUGAGGGAGAAGGCGAGGAGGCGGG